UAGGACAAAACCUGCAGUGGGAGGCCGGGGUCCUGGAAAAAUAAAAACUUUUAUGAAACAAGGAUUAUCCAAUGUUUCCACUCUGCUUGUGAAUGAAGAAACUGAUACCUUAUUUGUUGGAGGCAGAGAUGCUGUAUUUGCUCUUGACUUGAAUAAUAUUUCUAGAGAAAUAGCCAGGGAAUACUGGUUUGCUACACAGGAAAGACAGCUGGAAUGUAUCCGUAGAGGAAAGGACAAGAUAAGAUGCCAGAACUACAUCCUCUUCCUCCAUAAAAUAAAUGACUCUAACUUGUAUGUUUGUGGAACCAAUGCAUAUCACCCAGCUUGUGAUCAUAUGGUUAUCCAUAGGACAAACAUAAGUUUGCAAGGAAAAGCUGAAGAGAGCAGAGGAAAAUGUCCAUUUGAACCAACUCUGAAGUAUGCUUCUGUUUUUGUAGAUGGUGCAUUUUAUUCAGCUACUUCAAACAAUUUUUUGGGAACAGAGCCUAUAAUACUUCGCAGUAUGAGGAACCCUGUAAGAACAGAAUUUAAAAAAUCUUGGCUAAAUGAACCAAGCUUUGUCAAUAUGGAGAUAGUACAGGAAAGUGAAUCUAAUCCAAAUGGAGAUGACGAUAAAAUUUAUGUGUUCUUCACUGAAACAGCUGUUGAAUUUGAAUUCUAUGACAAGCUUCUGGUGUCCAGAAUUGCCCGUAUCUGCAAGGGUGAUAUUGGUGGAAAACGCAUAUUGCAAAGAAGAUGGACAUCAUUUUUAAAAUCCCGACUUUCCUGUUCCAUUCCAGAAUUGCAUUUCCAUUUCAAUAUUAUCCAGGACAUCUUUUUACUGAGGAGAACAGACUGGCAAGACAGCAUUUUUUAUGGAAUUUUUUCCCAACAAUGGGGAAGAUUGGACAUAUCAGCUGUUUGUGCAUACAGUCUGAAAAAUAUUCAAGAAGUCUUCUCCAAAGGAAGCUACAAAGGACCAGUAACUGUGGAACAUUCCCAUGUUAAAUGGGUGGUAUACGGGGGAGAAGUGCCAGUCCCACGUCCUGGUGCUUGCAUUGAUAAUUUUGCCCGGAGUAUUGGAUAUAACACUUCUUCUGACUUGCCUGACAAAGUUUUGCAGUUUGUUAGAGAUCACCCUCUAAUGGAUAAUUCUGUAAAUCCAAUUGGUAAUAGGCCAGUGUUACUGAAAAGAGGUUCAAACUAUACCAGGAUUGUAGUAGACAGAGUCACUGGCCUUGAUAAACAAACAUAUGACGUCAUGUUUCUAGGAACAGAGGAUGGAUAUUUGCAUAAAGCUUUCAAUUGGGAGGGGGAAAUGUUCAUUGUGGAAGAGCUACAGCUGUUUCUGUCUCCUGAGCCUGUACAGUCUCUCCAGCUGUCUUCUAAAAAGGGAAUGCUCUAUGUAGGCUCUCAAUCCCAAGUGGUACAGCUUCCAGUUUCUGAAUGCCACCAAUAUAAAUACUGCUUGGAUUGCGUCUUGGCACGGGAUCCUUACUGUGCAUGGUCUCAGUCUUCUAAUGAAUGUGUUCUACUGACAAAUCAAACUGGUGAUACGAAGAAUUUAAUUCAAAGUGUUAAAUAUGGGGAUGCUUCCAGCUGUCUUAGUGUAGAAAAUAGUGUGAGAAAAUUUCUCUUUGCCCUUGGAAAUUCUGUUCAUCUUAAAUGUGUUCCUCUGUCAAAUCUGGCAAGCGUAGUGUGGAAGUUUAAUGGGAGCAGACUUCAGGCUGAGGACUCUAAAUACCUCCUCUAUGAUGGAGGAAUAGUAAUAUUUAAUGUGACGAUGGAUGAGGCUGGAUUCUAUGAUUGUCUCUCAGUAGAGAAAGCCAAAGGGAAAGAAUUCCUUAUCACUGUGGCCAGCUAUGCCCUUUACGCCCAACAAAAGUCAGACGAUGCAAACGUUAAUGGCACAACAAGCACACUUAACGAAACAGCAGCUGUGAGUUUUAAGUCUUCAGUACCAACUUCUUUACUGAAGGAGGCAGCAAAACAAAAAUCCACGGACAACCAAAAAGAGAAUCUUGUUUUAAAACUUCUAGGGGCUGGUUUUGCUCUUCUCUUUUCUUUCUUGUUGGUUUGGAACUUCUACAAGGGCCAUUUAUCUCUACCUUGGAAGAGCAGAGAAACCAGCUCAAGAACAGCCAGUACAGAUUGCUUGGGAAGUCCAGGACUGGCUACAGAGGGAUCAGGCUGCGUAAGGAAAAGCUCAGCCACACGAGAAAACGUGUCUUCUGUUAAUGAGUCAAUACCACUUGUGAGCUUUUCCUCAGAAAGGAAGUGCAGCCCUAAUGCACAGCGCAGUGCAAGUUUUACAGGGAGCUCCGGGAGCUUGCAGCUCGCAGAGUUGUUUGGUUGAAGAUAACGUAUUUCCUCUUAAGGAAUGUGGAAUGUAAAUUUGAGUAGGAGUCAGAAGCUCAGAAUUCAAGAUGACAAGCUGCAUUGUAUAUUUAUAUAAAUGUGUUUCCAGUUACUACUUUUAAAAACAAAAUUCCUUGUUUGGGUACCUUUUUUGACAUGAUAGAACCAUAAAAAUAAAUUUAUUUCUAAAAUUGA